CAAUAUGGAGCAGACGACAGUUCUGGAUGGUUGGGAUAACAUUACGUCCGAUGAAGAUAUACCAACACGAACGCUUCACCAGGUAGGAGCCACACUGAUCGGGUCCUCGGGCUUCAUUGCCAAUACGAUUAUAUUAAUCGCAAUUUUGAAGGCAAAACUUUAUCGCCAAAAUGUGAUUUUAUUUGUUCUUAAUUUGGUGAUAAACAACACCUUAGCCUGUGCGACGUCUCUGCCAUAUAUCGCCACCAUGGCGUUCAACUAUACCGACGAAGUCGACCUGGUGUUGUGCAGGGUCAUGGGGUAUAUCACCUAUUCCAUUAUAACUUCCGAAUUGCUAGGACUCGAUCUCGUCGCGGUCAACAGAUAUUUUCUUAUUGUGAGAUACAGUACAUAUUUACAGAUCUACAACGAUAAGAAAAACAUUGGAUUGAUGAUACUAAUGUCGUUGACUAUUUACCCGAUAAUGCUGCUGUUUCCCGCGACUAAUAUCUGGGGAAAGCUCAUGUACGACCGAAACAGGUUCUUAUGUCACCCAUUCAAAGCCAACGAUAGCUUUGCGAAAUUCUUUUUCGGAUUUGCUUUGGUAACUUCAGUUCCAUUGCUAAUCUUUGUAUACGCAAGCAUUUUACCGAAAGUGCUUCGAACCCAUCGGCAGGUUAACCAGAAACGGAGUAGAUCUCAACACAUCUCAGACAAGCCUCGGAGACAAGAUGUUCAAUUGGUUUCCCUGGUGACAGUGCCGCUAAUUACAUUUUGUCUGAUGUAUCUACCAUUCGCAAGUAUAUCUCUUGUUGACCCGACGGGAUCUAAAUACGAUCCCAGGAUUCUUACCGUCUUGGUCUACGUUGCCUGGGCCCACUGUUUGGUAAACCCUUUCUUGUACGCCCUCAUGAACCGCAAAAUCCAGAAGGCAAUGAAAGACCUUUUCUUGGGUGCAGACGACAAGGAUGUCAUUUCGGGGGUAACAACAAUCAGACGAUCGAAAACUGAGACGGCUUCCAUUGAUACAAAUCUAUGAACACACUUGUCAGAGAUGAAACUAGGGAUCCCUGUAGUGUAUAUCUGUUCUUCCAGUGGACUUCUAGGAAACUACCGGCAUUUUAGAAAUUUUAGAUUUAGAUUGUAGAAAGGAAUUACGCUUAUUGGUAUCUCCUUUCAAAAAGAAGGAAUAAUUAAUUACAUCAUGUUCGCAAACAAUGUAAUUUAGUUGUUUCUCUGUGAGAGUAUUUGAGAUUGUUCAGUCAAUAGACUGUUAGGUGAAAGACUCAAAAACAUACAACUUUCAUUUUCAAGUGAAAAGUGAGCCCAGUGAAAAGGAGGCCUCUCGGCUCAAUCAACUUAACUUUUAACAGAACAAUGUUUUGAUGACGUCUUACGCUAUUAUGUAUUUUGUUUCGUUCUGUAUUUCACCAUUUUUAUUUCUUUAUUAUCAUACUUUACAUUAGGUUUGGUCUACAUUACUACCAAGUAUUAUGUGAAUUGCGUUUGA